AAGCAAGCUGCAUACAUGUAAAGAGAUUUCUAGAACAACAACACCUGAAUUAUAGGCUUACAGUUGAUUCGAAAUAAGAAGUAGGUGUAAAAAGGGUUUUUUUCAUAGAACAGAUCAUGACGCUCGACGUCGAUGCUGCUGACACUGGCGCUGGUGCCGGCGCAAGCAAGGGGAAAGGCAAGAAAGGAUCUGCCAAAGGCAAGGGGAAAGUUAAGGCCAUUUUCAUCUACUUUACUAGCAAUGCUAUUCCUUGUCCUUGAUUAAUGAUCGCAGAAAAAGAGGCUAUUUGUUCCUUUCGUUUUCAAGUAGCGAAAAAAAAAGAGGCUAUUCGUUCCUUUCGUUUUCAAGUAUUUUUUCUCUAUCUUCGAUCCGUAUCUAUCAUCACCUCAUCAUCCUCGAAUGCAAGGAAAAGUCAAUAAGUAGAAAUCGUCACUCCUCAAUUUUUUAUUUUACUGGUGGUAAAACGGCUAGACAACUACCGUGGAGACUCUAAUAAAGGGAAAAAAGGCAAGCCACGAGCGUCUAGUGCGGAAAGUAUGCCAUUUGCUGAAACCGGUAUAGCAAAAGUUACGAAUGUCACAGAUUCCAGUCAAUUCCUACUCGACUUUGAUGUUCUUGUUCGGAACGUGAACACGAGUUUCCAGAAUUGUAGGCAUGAUUACAAGAUACAACUGGAUCAACCUUCUAUUUGCUCAUGUUGAUCUUGAUGCUCUUCUAACAAGUGCAAGGGAAAAGGCAAGAAGGGUAAGCCCGGUUCAAGGAAAGGCAGUGUGACGUCGACCUACUCCUACGGUAGUGAUUGGUACGAUCCACCUGCCCGAGGAAACGGCGAAAAGGGAAAAGGAAAAAAAGGAAAGCUAUGUGUGAUUUUUGAAUACUAUCUUGUACCAAGAAGAAUAACGUGUUUAGCGAAGAUAGUGACGUGUACCAAGAAUGAUAACAGCAUGAUGACAAUAAAUUUGAACAAGCAGCACAACAACAUCGAAACCGAUGACUAGUAGAACUACUGGAAGGUCGUGAUGAUUAAGUAGCCCAAAGGAGUAGUACUUUCAAGAAUGUACUGAUUCUCUCCUGGUGUCUGGGAAUCAUGAUUAUCCUUCCCUACUUAUCUAAUACGAGGCGAGAAAGGAAAGAAGGGUGACGAUGAGCAUGGAAAAGGGAAAGGCAAAGGAAAAAUUAGGGCUAGUUUCUUUUUUGUAAGUGUGCGUCAGGAGGUACAAUCUGACUGAACUACCUCAAAUCCACUUGACUACGUGGAACACGAGGGUACAUGACAUGACAAGGUACGUAGUCCGUCGUGUGCCAUCUUGCCUAAACGACCUACAAUCUAGACCUCUCAUCAUUAUUGUGAUCGCGAACGGUCACAUCAGAAGCGCAGAGAUGGAAGAUGGAAUGAUCGAAACCAGAACAUGGCUCAAAUUCUGAGAAAGUUGAUGGUGCAAGAAGUUACUACUUAUCAAUAUCAUCAAAAAUGAAAGACUCUUUAUUUAUUAUGGUCCAGGGUUGCUUGGAGGCUCCCCUCCCUUAAAAAAUUUUAUCUGCUCUAAGAAGAAAGGAAAGGGCAAGGGAAAGAAGGGCAAGAAGGGUGAAGGCAAAAAAGGGACUUGGGAAAAGCAGGCGUCCUCUCCUGGAGGUCAAUCUACAGCCAGCAAGGAAACACAGAAGAUGCCAUGGCCGCCAGAAGAUAUGGAAGAUAUCUUCCUAGUUUCGAACGAGGAGAUACCGAUCAAGAAGCUACUCUGUAAGGAAGCUUUCGAAAAUCUCACGAUUUAUGGACUUUUGGAGGUGAAACCCAAAGGCAAAGCCAAAACCUCAAUUUGAAAUCCCACAAUGCUCGGUAGCGAGCAACUACAGGAACUGCUAUGAUAUAGACAAGUCCUUUCUUUGACUUUGCGUUUGCAAGAAAAGUUUUGGCAAUCUGAAUCGCCUGACAAUCUUUUUUGUGAGUUUUUCAUUACUUUCUUCAUCCUAGUAGUAAUAAUAUUCUUGCUCACAGAUCUCCGCCUCGCAGAGUAAUAUGCCUGGAUGCAUCUCCAUCUUACUUGAAGAUCUCCUCCUCCUCCUCCUUCCAUAGCCGUCCUUAUAGAUAUACCGACCGACGCCCUCUUUCAUAUCACGACCGAAAAGCGGUAUGCGCAUUUUAUGUCUCGAGCAUCAUGGCAGGGGAGUCUUAUCUGCCUCAGUCAGGCGUCAAAGGAGUCGCCACAAAUUUUCGAAAUGCUGCACUUAGCUUUUUCGAAAAGAACAUGCGAUAAGGUAAGAAAUGACUUGCUGUAUUGAUGAUCGGAAUUGUGUAUUCUUGUCUCUUCAGGCUGCUUUAUUAUUACUUGGCUUGCAUUAAAUUCGGAGGGAAAGCCGACACAAUUUAGUACAACGUGCAUUUUCCUUGGCGCAUUCAGGUUCGCGUAAGUAACUCGGGGAGGAAGGCGGGGACCACGACGACCUACCCGCCGAAAGGUAGCGACAUGUGGCACUUCUAUCUUAUGAAUGUUGACUGCCACAUCUGUGAAAAACACAAUCACCAAGAGAUUUCCUCCACGACUUCGCCUGCAACUAACAACACCACCAAAACUAUUAGAUAUUCUUCGAGUCAGAGUCGUUCUUCUAAUCAGAAAUACUGUGCACAAUUCUACGGCAACAUGGGCAACUAUACGAGCUUUGGUGAUAAAAAGUUCUUGCCACGCAUAGGAAAGACCGCAUUUCGCGACUGCCUCUACGAGCACGCCAGCUAUCUGCCUUCCUACGAGAAGUCUCGAGUCUAUAUUAUGGAUGAAUAUCAUUCAAGAUACAGAUACUUAGUAGUUACUUGACUGAUUUUUCUCUUUUUGGUUUUUGUUUUUUCUAGUUAGGUGCUCCACCACUAAUACUAGUACGAAGACGAGAUGACGCAGGUUCAGCACAUACAGUAGGUACAUGAUUCACAUUCAUUAAACAUCAACAUCUUCCUCUACACCAUGACCAUCUUCGCUGAGCAGUAUUUUUUUCCCUUCUCCGAGAGUCUCGUCCAACCCCCUCCUCCUCCUCGUCCUUCUCAGGUCUACUUUUAGACUUAUUCUUCAUAUCAACCCUAUGGAGCAAGACGAAAGCGAAGAUAUACUCCCUUGAGGAUGACGAGAAGCAGCUAAACAAAGACAAUACCUACUAUCUCGGAGACAUUCACAAAAUCACAGAUGAUUAAGGCUUGUUUUUCACUAUCCCAUUCCCAUGUGGACACUAUGCUGCGUGGGAAAUCCCUUGAUUCGGAGGUGGAAAGAGGGGAACUCACUGAGCAACGCAUAGUGAAGAAUUAGCGCUAAGAUGAGGAUCUGGAAGUCGUUCGGGCCUUUAUGUCCGAGCGCGGCUACGAGGCGUGGAACUCCCGGCUAAGGAAGUCGGCAGGACUCAAAGACUCCAGUGAUUAUGUCACAGUCACCAGUUACAGUUCUGGACUUAACAAAAAUGAAGCUAAAAGUGCAGUCAGUAAUAGCAGUACUACUGACGAGACUGCGCAAAUAAUUUCCAUUUCAAUUAUUUUCAAUUCCAAAGCUCCUGCUUGUUGUAGUGUCGCAUUUUACAAGACUGCGUAUUUACUUCGUACUCGUGUAACAGAGGCGAGCAGGUGCCGGUGGGGCUCGUUGUGCAGGAUCCAUAACCUAACCUAACCUGGAACAGAGUACUCACGGCUUGUAAGACAAUUUAUUCCUGUACUACUCGAAGGUGGACAAAUCAAAGGUGUUUUUUUUAGUAGUUGAACUUCUUAAUCCACAUUCAUAGUAAUUGACCUUAUGUCUUGUCUUCAUGGCAGCGAAACCAAGGUCAUAGCAGAGGACGUCCUGGAAAUUAUAUUUGCAAGUUACUACAGGCGAAAGCACAUCGAAGUGGUACCGGGGUACAAGGGCAAGACGAUCAAGAUAAGCUAUGGCGACUACGGAGGCAUCCUAUUUGAUGUACUAGUUGUAGAUACAUAAUUAUUUAAACUUAAAUUGUUGAUUCAUCCAGACGUGAUACUAGUACUUUUCAUGCUACUUUUCCCCGCCACCUUUCAAUUGAAAAUUUGAACUAGAAUUUCUUUAUUCAGUCGUCAAUUUAGAAAUACUACAAGAAACAACUUUGUUUCUGCAGUCAGUGUAGUACAACGUGACAACUCCACCGAAAAACCACAACCAGGUUGCUUGGAACUUACGACAAGCUCAGCGUCAUUGUGCGAAUGAUACGCAGGCCAAAAUGCUAGAAUGCUAUUGCGAUCACUUCGAACUAGGGGAAUUCCAGAAACACGUAAAAAGCCAAGAGCUAUGGGUCCAGGACAAGGGUCCUGCAGUGGAGACCAAUAUCGGAUUCAUCGAGAACUACCGUGAUCCAUAUGUAUGGCCUCAGAUAACGAUAAGAAGCAUCAAGUAAUCGUACUUUGAAGUUGAACGGACGAGGAAGUUACUGUAGACAUGAUGUGAGAUCUCUCAACGGUCAGAAGGUGUUUGUUGUAAAGCUUGUAUUCUAAUCGUAAUCGGUCCUCACCACAAUGAUUUAUUGAAAUAGAGUCCAAGCGAGUCGUAGUAAGUAAUUAUUUUCAACACUUAUCGAUCAUCAUCAGCAACAGUAUGCAAAGAGGUGUGGUUGUCAUCCUUCUCCUGUCCUCCCUCUUCUUCCUUUCUCUCCCAUUCAUACUCUGGAGAGCGUGCAGAAUUUGAGGGCUUAGUCGCAAUGGUAAAUCGACCUCAGAGCGUGAAAUUUAGUAACCUAGUCGCAGCAGCUGAAAAGCUGAUCCCUGCAUUGCCGUGGCCCAAAGACUUCGAACAAGAGGUCUUCAAAAAGCCUGACUUCACAGCUCUCGACGUUCUGACUUAAGGCCGCUGGUGGUCCUCAACAUUGGUGGAUACGCUGUACCUAUCAUGUAUUCACAGAAGAUGAAGUACUUAAGGCGACUAGAAAUGUAAAUGACCCACGAGGACUCUAAUUCCCCUUCGCGAGCAGCGGCAUCCCGAUCGGCAUCAACAUUCCGAAUUACUACCAGGUGAAAGAACAGUUCGGAUUCAAAAACGUGCAUCUGCACAAUGUCCUCAGUUCCAGAUGGGCUAGCGGAGAAAAUGAACAAGCAGAAAGAGCAGACCCCAUAACUUUCAUCCGGGAACAGGACCAAGCGCUUUUUCAGAAAUUGCGAUUGCCGGUAUUUUUGAUCCCUACUCUCACGCACUCUUCUUUUGAUGGUGAUACGACUACAAUCAAUCCAAUUCUUGGUAGGUAGUAGGUACUAGUUUUGGUUAUCCACCUCAAUUGUAACACCUCCGGUCGCUGUCGCGUCAUCCAUGAUGUUCGAGGGUCUUGAUUCACGAGACUGUUUAACGUAAUCGUGUAACGUUGUUGAUCAUGUACUCACAGUCACACCUUAGUCUUACAACAGAAUACCAAUUAUACGACCUUAUUUCACUACAGGCAUUCGAACUACAAGUAGGAUUGCACGAACUUUUGGGACAUGGUUCGGGCAAGCAGCUGAGCACCAAAGACAUUCGAGAAAAGUACAUCACAAAUCCGAUUACCGGACAAAUCGUGACAUUAAGGCUUCUACUAGUACUUUUGGUCCUCGGACUGCUGAGGGCGUGCUUUUGGUAUUGGUAAAAAAAAGGUAAAGGAGUCUUAUUAAAUUAUGCUUAAAGGAGUCUUUUUGAAUUAUGCUUGGCAAGAAGUUCUCGCCAGGCGGUCUUACAGUCAGUAAUGUGCAAGAGAGAUACAGCGAUAAGUGUGAGGUGUCUCCCUUUUGAGUUUAAAGUGCAGAUCCAAAGUGAAGUGAGAACUUCUCACAGCAUCAACGUAUUGGUAAAAAAAAAGGUAGAGGAGUCUUUUUCUUUUUGAAUUAAUGGACUGCGCGAAAAUAUUAAAUGUAUCCCCUGUUUCGGCUUGCGCUUCCUCACGCCAUUCUUCGGAAUCUUGUCAGAUCCCGAUGGUUAAUGAAGACCAUUUGGGGUGCAUUGAUGAUAAGCUCUGGUGAUGUUGGAGAAGGUGAGCUCUAAUUAUUUCAGCGUAUGAAGAAGGACAGAACUAUUCGGGCGUUUUUGGCCCGAUGUCAUCAUCAUGGGAGGAGUGCAGAGCAGAAAGCGUAGCACUUUUUAUGAUACUGCCACCAUGAUCAAGGUCAUUGUGGAUUGUGGACUGUAUAAAUAUAAGACUUGUACUAGCUUGUAAGAGGAACCAACUUCAUGCUCAUCUCCAUCCAAGCUAGCAUUAACGUGUAGAUUUCCAAUUUUCUCCCUGAAAGAAAUUGCUAUGCUUCUUCGUGGUUGAUAUUGUCUUCUGCUGGUUCAAACUUCUCCUCUGCAGCAUCUAGAAGAUCCAGCGCGGCUUCUAUAUUUCGAUUUUCUUUUUAGUUCUGCACUUAUAUCAUCCUCAUCCACUGCAUCGUUGUGGGUGUUCGUCCUCGAAGGAGGCUUCCUCGUCGUAAAGAAAUCUAGGCACCUCGCGACAUGCGGUGCGUGCCUGAGCUUUGCUCCAAAGAAGAUUUCUCUUUCACCCGAGCGCCGAAUAUCAUCCGAGAGCAAGGAUUUUUCCGCGAGUAAACGUGUUAAAACCACCUCGUGGUACUCGCCUAUACCUGUAGUCCCGCUUUGCUCUAACACACGCCACACUUCUCCAAAAUGUCCACGCCCGAUUCGCGUUCUUGAAUGUUUCCAGUCAUUGAGAAUGCCGAUCACAGGGAUAUGCCGCCCCCUUUACCUUGUUCUUCUUCUUACGCAGGAACGACAUGAUCAUUCCCAGAUCUUCUGUGUUCUCAAUGACUGGGGUCAUACAGUUCUGCCAUGUUGUUUUUCAGUUGUGCUGCUGCUGCCUACUUAGGUAGAUGUUGUACCAUAUACUUGGAUCUUCAUCUAGACGUGGCACCAUUCAUGGAUACUUGCUUCUAGAAGCACCAGUUCAAGAUGACCAUGAUAGCUGACCACUGCGGUGGGCGGCUCUACAGAUCGAUUUUGAGUAGCCCAUUUGCAAGGUCGCGGUAUCCCCUUUUUUCGAAUUUGGUGGGGUCUGCUGUGGCUGACCACUGCGGUGAGCGCCUCUACAGAUCGAUUUUGAGUAGCCCAAUUGUUUUUCGAAUUUGGUGGGGUCUGCUGUGGCUGACCACUGCGGUGGGCGCCUCUACAGAUCGAUUUUGAGUAGCCCGAUCGCAGCGUGAGGCUAUGGCCUUUUUUCGAAUUUGGUGGGGUCUGCUGUGGCUGACCACUGCGGUGGGCGGCUCUACAGAUCGAUUUUGAGUAGCCCGAUUUAAGGGUGGGGCCGUGACCUUUUUUCGAAUUUAGUGGGGUCUGCUGUGGCUGACCACUGCGGUGGGCGGCUCUACAGGUCGAUUUUGAGUAGCCCAAUUGAAAGGUCGCGCUAUCCCCUUUUUUCGAAUUUAGUGGGGUCUGCUGUGGCUGACCACUGCGGUGGGCGCCUCUACAGAUCGAUUUUGAGUAGCCCGAUCGCAGGGUGAGGCUAUCCCCUUUUUUCGAAUUUGGUGGGGUCUGCUGUGGCUGACCACUGCGGUGGGCGGCUCUACAGAUCGAUUUUGAGUAGCCCGAUUUAAGGGUGGGGCGAUGACCUUUUUUCGAAUUUAGUGGUGUCUGCUGUGGCUGACCACUGCGAUGGGCGGCUCUACAGGUCGAUUUUGAGUAGCCCAGUUGAAGGAGUUGCCUCUUCUUCAGAAGAACUUGAACUACAAAAGGAUUGAGUACAACUUACUUAAGAAGACGUCCUCUUAGCAGCUUAAUUUUUCAUCUUGUACCUGGGAUUGGAGCCCCUUGCCAUGGAGAUUUUUAGUUUCAAGAGCGACGAGGAACAAGGCGAGGUGACCAAAAUUGGCUGGCUGUCGAUGGCUCACGCAGGUCUGGUAGGGACGGAAUUCUACAACCCCGACACCAAGAAGUGGGGACAGGCGCACUCACAUUAAGGCUACCUCAGCUGAAGCAAACUCAACGUCAUCCUUGUUAAUUAUUGGCGCUUCUUCUACUUGAAAGAGAUAGAGAAGCCCACCAGGAUGCGGCCAAGCAUGCCAAUUAUUCGGUAGCUCCAAUCACAAGCGCGGUUCGCCAUCCUUCAAGUUCUUCUCAAAUCCGGUGUGGUGAAACUCGAAGGGAAAGGAACAGAUGACGUACUUACUUCUCAAAAUUCACUAGAUUCGUGCAUCCUAGCUCCUGGUCCUGCUUUAGGUUUAAUAAAUAGCCUUUUGGCCAGUUGUAACCUCGUCGGUCGUGUGUCCUUACAAAUAUGGUCGUAUAGUUUUGUUGAGGAUAAGACUAGUAGUGUCUUUAGUGUUGUAUUGUUUGUUACUACCUACUCAUUCGUAUUCGUCUUUAUUUUGUGGAUUCAACCAUUUCAGCUGACUUUAUCGCUCGUAGGAGCUGACGGCGCGGCAUCCUUAAACGUCAUUCGGAAAGCGGGAAAGGCGGCCAUCGGCGAUCUUCUCAUUUUACGGCAGGAAAUUAUCCCCUGUUGUACUAGAGUCACGUGUUAGAUGAACGAAAUGUCGCAUUUACAUGAUCAACAUCACAAAGUAUGAAUGUUUAUUCAUGUUGUUCCAUUCUGAAUGAUAGUAGUGCCGGACGGCGCGGCCUGGCCGCAGAGCCGCGGACCCUAAACCUUGAACCUAGAUAGUGAGGCUUAAAUAUUAGUAGACGAAGAAAGUUGCACUAGCAUCUUCCCAGUGUUACAUCUGGUGAACUCGCAUCAACUCUUCUUUCAUAUGUGAAAUUGAACUGCUACAAGGCGAUGGCGGACGUGAAGAGCGCAACUAGCCUUUGGGCAGAGCUCACAACUUUGGACGCUGAGUGGGUUGCAAUGCGCGAGACUGUCUUGAAAAAUUAAGCAGACCAUGAUGAGUUCUAACAUUAAUCUGAAUUAGCAUUUUUUUUCACUUUCUCUUUUUUGGCAGUAGGGCACUUGUAGUUGUAGCGCGAGAACUUUCGACAAAGAGAGCAUAGCACAAGAAAGGCCAGGAAGAAGUGGUGAAGAAAUAAUGUCCUUGUCCACUAAUAUUCUUUCUAAUUCCCGAAAAAGCCACGACCCGUGUUCGUCCAACCUCAAACGAAGAUCAGGAGCUUCAAUGCCUACAUGGAACAUCUACACAAGCCUAGUACAACUGAAGAACCGGAGCGUCCGCAAGAUGAUGCCGAAUUGUCCCCCUCAAGUAUAUUUUUACCAUAUCCUCUUUGUUUCAACUACAUAGGAGAACAACGAUUAGAAUUGAUGAUUUCAUUGGUCAGUGUUGGACUUCAAUUUUGAACUAAGAUAAGACCUGUAUUGCUAAUAGUAUUCGGAAAAAAAACAAACUUACACAUUGAAUCUUACAUGAUCGCUUCAUUUUAAUACACCUCCUGUAAUUGCAACUGCACCAACAUCACGAUUACAAUCGCCACAGAGCAAGGCGAGGCCGGUGACAUUUCUUUGGUUGAGUAUCCGCCUACCUUUGUAUGGAUGAUGUUUUUUCUCCCAUUUAACUAUAGACCAUCUGCAUGUUCGUAGGUCGCCAUAUUUUCCGAUUAAAACUGGAUAGAAGCUGAAGAAAGGCCUCGAUGGUCUGCUUCUAGAGGGGAAAAAAAACACCAUCCAUACUUUGCGGGACUUUUCGCCAGUUUCCAAGAACAUAUUUGGAUGCCAUCCAGCACUACAAAAAUACCAGCCGAUUUCAAAAAAAAGAAGAGGUUGGUCGGAGACUUAGACCCUGACUGCCAAAGUGCGGACAUGGAGCUUUUUGUUGUAAAAGGGAACGAGCACAUUUAUGUUGGAAGUCUAGUGCUAGUUUGUGCAUGUGGACCUUUUUUUCACUACCUAGUGCUCCUGCUCGUCCUUCCAUGUUGUAGUAGUAGACUUCAUUAUUUCUUUCGUCCUGUUCACCUGUCAAAUGAAUGUAAGUAUAUACCGUCUGCUAAUUUUACUGCAUGCUGAUGGAUGCGGGUAGUUCCUCGAAAUGUUGAUCAUUACAACUGAACAACAAAUUCAUCCGGAUCAACAUCUUUGCAAAUACAAUACUCACGCCAGUAUCCUCCACUCCAAAGAAUGCUAGUAGACCUGUAUGCUAGUAUCCUGUUCUAAGCCCUGUUUGGUGCGGAUGGGAAACUGUUACCGCAGUUCGCAGAUCAGACAGCCUACGGUGCCACGUUAGCCAGCAAAAGAGUUGAGGGUGCACCAGGGAAGGAUGCGACAACGAUCUUGAGCGAACAGGCAAAGCAUGCAAUGGUACUACACGAGAUAAAUUCAAAAUUAUAAGCGAACAGGCAAAGCAUGCAAUGAUACACAAGAUGGAUAUAUUGAUAUGAUUUUCCAUUUACGUAGAACUGUCAUCAGUCGACCUCGAUGAAGGAGUUUUUCAUGUUCACAUCAACGACCCAUCUACUUCACCGAUUAUUAGGUUGUGGGCGACCAAACCGGGGUAAUCAAGCUCGUGGAGACCAAGGCGCGGGUGAAGACUGGAGACACGGUCUUACUGCGACGGGCCUGCGUGCAAAUGGUAGCGGGGUUUAUGCACCUCACUUGCCGCGACCGACCAGUGACCUUGCUGGAACGCAAGAUCAAAGCGAAUACAAAUAAUGACGUGAGUGCGAUAGAAUAUCAACUUGUUACCACGGACGAAAGCGACAGCUGA